UCAGUUUCUGUGAAAUCACUUUGGCCAGUCCUUAAUAUCCUCUUUCCCCAGUAUAUGCCCCUUGUCCUUUCUUCUUUUCCUGUGUAAUUUCUAUUGAAUAAUAAAAAAUAUGGGUGCGAUGACUUGCAUAGACAUUCUUUUGGCCAUCAUAUUACCUCCCCUUGGUGUCUUCCUCAAAUUUGGCUGCAAGUGUGAAUUCUGGAUCUGUUGUUUGCUGACUCUCUUUGGAUGGCUGCCUGGUAUUAUUUAUGCUAUUUGGGUCCUUACCAAGAACGAGUGAUGCACAUGGUAAAGAUGUGGAACUUCUCUUUCUGCUAAUGUUGCUGGUUCCUAUGAAUCAAGAUGUGUUACUUUUAAAGCUGUAUUUUUUUUGUUAAGUUUUCGUGAAUUUUGCGUGCUUCAGUACAGAAUUCUGGACAGGCUGUUUCAUUUAUUAGUGUUUGUAUUCAUUACAUUGGUUGUAUGUUUGAAUUUGUAAUGUGAUUUAAAGUUUGUGAUAUUGUAUAUCAAGAGUUAUUAGUACUUUGAUGCUCUAUAUCAAAGGGCUGGUGAUUAGAGGUGGAGCCAGAAUUUAAAAUU